AUGCAAAUACCAAAAGGAGUUGAAAUUAGAACAGUUGAUGGAUUCCAAGGACAGGACAAAACAAUUAUUCUCAUUAGUUUGGCACGUUCAAAUAUUGAUCAUGAAAUAGGAUUUUUGGUUAAUGAACAACGAAUGAAUGUAUUAUUAACCAGAGCCAAAUGUGCUAUGAUUGUUUUUGGAAAUAAAGUUACAUUGAGUGCAAAUGCGCUAUGGAAAGAAUGGAUCGAUAGCGUUCCAAAUGUCAGUAGUGAUAUAUACAAGAAUGAAUGUUUAGUGGCAACACCAUCAAAUAAUAAUCGAUCAUCAGUUCAACAAUAA